UUUUGUUUUCAGUGUAUUUUCAUUUUCUCAGCGAAUGCGGUUGCUGAAGCGUGAGAUUGAGCGCGAUCAGACUGGCUCGGUGCUGCUGCUGCCGGAGGAGGCAGAGGACAUGUGGCACGCGUACAACCUCAUUGCAGUCGGCGACAAGCUGCGUGCGUCCACCGUCCGCCGCGUCCAGUCAGAGUCAAACACAGGCUCAGUCGAGUCCAACCGCGUCCGAGUCACUCUGACGGUCGAGAUCGAGUCCGUUCAAUACGAUGUCAAGGCAUGCACUCUGCGCAUCAACGGAAGAAACGUCGAGGAAAACGACUUUGUCCGAAUGGGUGCGUAUCACACGAUCGAUUUGGAGCUGAAUCGAAAGUUCCAGCUCUCAAAGACAGAGUGGGACAUUAUCAGCCUCGAGCGCAUUGACAUGGCUUGCGACGUGAAACAAUCCGCCGACGUUGCUGCAGUUCUGAUGCAAGAAGGAUUUGCAUGCGUGUGCCUCGUAACUUCGAGCAUGACGAUCGUACGAGCCCGGAUAGAAGCGGCAGUUCCGCGCAAGCGAAAAGGCAGCGCUACGCAACACGAUAAAGCCCUGGACAGAUUUUUCGAAUCGACCAUGCAGGCGAUUUUGCAUCACGUCGACUUUUCCAUUGUCAAGUGCGUGUUGAUUGGAAGCCCAGGCUUUGUUAAGGACCAAUUUGCCGAGUACAUGUUUGCCCAGGCAAUCAAGCAAGAAAUCAAAGUUUUGAGCGAAAACCGCUCAAAGUUCCUCCUGGUGCACGCCUCCUCUGGCCACAAACACGCUCUGACAGAGUUGUUGACAGAUCCUGCAGUCACCGCCCGUUUGGCUGACACGAAGGCCGCCAGCGAGGUGAAGGCGCUCGACAGCUUUUUCGACAUGUUGAACAAGGACCCCGAUCGCGCCUUCUACGGCUAUCCUCAUGUGCACCAGGCCGACGAGCAGAAUGCGAUUGAGACAUUGUUGGUCUCUGAUGAACUCUUUCGGUCACAAGAUUUGGAAACACGACGAAAGUACGUUCGUCUUGUCGAAAAUGUCAAAGCCAAUGGCGGAGUUGUUCGCAUCUUUUCCAGCCUCCACGUCUCGGGCGAACAACUCUCGAAUCUCUCAGGCAUUGCGGCCAUCCUACGCUUCCCAGUGCCUGAAAUCGACCACGAUGAUGCUCAUGACGACCACCACGAGCAGUAGCUCAUCCAGUCAAAUUUUGGGUUGGCUUUCUUGAUUUCGCGAACGUUUCAGGGCAAUUUGAGCUUCAGUAAUAAUAUUGGUUCAACAAAUUCAAAAAUACAUUCGCAACUAACGA